AUGAAGUCAAAUAAGGAGAAGCGAGUCACAAGAGUUCAACCUUACCAGGUUGCCCUCGUGCAGAAAUCUUUACUCGAAGGUCAAGGAAACACAGCACCACCACUUGAGUCCAAGUUGAAGCCAGGGCCUCUUCAGCCCGUCACUCGCUCAACAAAGAGGCCCACAGCGCCCUCACUUUUAGAUGCUCAUGAGAUGGCCACUAGACGCUCGCCACGCCUCCCAGCUCUUCAAGAAACUCAAGAAACAAGCAAACUAGAGAAUGACACCAGCCCGGACAUAAUUCAACGACACGAGUCUCCAUGGGACACUUUCGAGAAAGGUUACGAAUGUGAUCUAGCCGGCACUGUUGCGGAAAAGAGGUUAACGCGGUCAGUAGCACGCCUUGAGUGUUGUGUCGUCCGACAAGCAGAUAAAAUCCAAACCAGCGACCUGGCUCCCAUUUCAAAGAUAAUGAUGGAGCUGAUGCAGAAAUACGUCAAGGACGACGGGGCCGUCGGUAUUGACAAUCCUGAAUGCUGGAGAAUUUGCCCCGCUGCCAUCGAGUUCCUCUCCGCCACCACUUCGGCCAGCUCACUUGAGGAGUUGAAGAAAAGAACAAAGAGUUUCAAACAAUGGCAAGACAGCGAGAGAAAUCGCCUUCUCUGGAUCAGGGGUGAUCCUGGUAAAGGCAAGACGAUGCUCCUAUGUGGUGUCAUCGAAGAGUUGACGAGAUUGUAUGGGGAUAAUGCGAGCAUCUCGUUCUUUUUCUGUCAGGCUACCGACAUGCGGAUCAAUAGCGCUACGUCUGUCCUGAGGGGGUUGAUAUAUUUACUUGUCAAGAAUCAUCCAUCUCUUCUCCACCAUGUGCGAGCUCGGUACGACUAUGCAGGAAAGACCCUCUUUGAGGAUGCAAAUGCAUGGAAUGCACUGUCAACAAUCUUCAGGGAUAUUCUAAACGACCCGACACUGCAGAUGACUUAUUUGGUAAUUGAUGCCUUAGAUGAGUGCACCAAUGGGCUCCGUUUCCUUCUAGACUUAAUUGUCCAGGAAUCAUCAGUCAAUCCACAGAUAAAGUGGGUUGUUUCUAGCCGCAACUGGCCUGAAAUCACUGAGCGGCUUGACAUUGCUACCCAGCUAGCUCCGAUCUCAUUAGAGCUGAACGAGGCAUCUGUGUCUGAAGCAGUGAAUCAAUUUAUUCAGCAUAAAGUUCACGAAUUGGCAAAAGCGAAAAGGUAUAGCGAUAAAACUCGCGAUGGCGUUCAUUCCUACCUAUUAUCAAACUCGCAAGGUACCUUCCUCUGGGUGGCCUUGGUGUGUCAGAAUCUUGAAAAGAUACGAAUAAAUGUACUUAAGAAGCUAGAAUCAUUUCCUCCUGGAUUGGAGGCUCUAUAUGGUCGAAUGAUUGACCAGGUUCGCGAAUCUGAAGAUGCUGAGCUCUGUAAGGAGAUACUGGCAAUCAUGUCAACAGUCUUUCGGCCUAUUACGCUACACGAACUGACUUCUCUUAUUGAACUACCGGACGACGACUACGAUGAUCUUGUUUCCCUUGAAGAGAUUAUCGCAAUUUGUGGGUCUUUUUUAACGGUUCGGGAAGAAACUAUUGUGUUUGUUCAUCAGUCUGCAAAGGAAUUUUUACUUAAGGAAGCACUACAUGAGAUACUUCCUAGAGGUAUAGAGGCUGAACACAACAUGAUAUUUCUACGAUCUCUCGACGUUAUUUUCAAGACACUUCGACGUGAUAUCUGGAAUAUCAAAUUACCUGGACUCCACAUAAAGGAUAUCUGCAAACCUAGCCCAAAUCCACUAGCAGCGGUGGAAUACUCAUGUGUCUACUGGAUGGACCAUCUUGAAGCUAGCCUGGUUAAUGGAGCUUGUGAGCUGGGAGUUUAUGAGAGAGGUCGCGUGGAUACGUUUCUGCAGCAGAAAUUCCUCCACUGGCUCGAAGCCCUUAGUAUUUUGGGAAGUGUUUCUGAUGGCAUCCAAGCCAUGCAAAAGCUCGAGAUUUUGAUUGAGUCAGGAUCUGGGAUCCGGCUACCUGGCCAGAGCAUAUCAACCCUUGAGGGGCAUAGUGAUUCGGUCACGUCGAUUGCCUGGUCGCCAGAUGGAAGCCGACUCGCAUCAGCGUCUGAUGAUAAGACAGUCAGGAUCUGGGAUCUGGCUACCGGCCAGAUCAGGAUCUGGGAUCCGGCUACCGGCCAGAGUAUAUUAACCCUUAAGGGGCAUAGCGAUUGGGUUAGGUCGAUUGCCUGGUCGCUAGAUGGAAGCCGACUCGCAUCAGCGUCUCGUGAUAAGACAGUCAGGAUCUGGGAUCUAGCUACUGGCCAGAGUAUAUCAACUCUUGAGGGGCAUAGUCAUUCGGUCACCUCGAUUGCCUGGUCGCAAGAUGGAAGCCGACUCGCAUCAGCGUCUUAUGAUAAGACAGUUAGGAUCUGGGAUCCGGCUACCGGCCAGAGUAUAUCAACCCUUGAGGGGCAUAGUGGUUCGGUCACCUCGAUUGCCUGGUCGCCAGAUGGAAGCCAACUUGCAUCAGCGUCUUAUGAUAAGACAGUCAGGAUCUGGGAUCUGGCCACCGGCCAGAGCGUAUCAACUCUCGAGGGGCAUAGUGAUUCGGUCUACUCGAUCGCCUGGUCGCCAGAUGGAAGCCGACUUGCAUCAGCGUCUUAUGAUAAGACAGUCAGGAUCUGGGAUCCAACCACCGGCCAGAGCAUAUCAACCCUCGAGGGGCAUAGUGAUUCGGUCAACUCGAUUGCCUGGUCGCCAGAUGGAAGCCGACUCGCAUCAGCGUCAGAUGAUAAGACAGUUAGGAUCUGGGAUCCGACUACCGGCCAGAGUAUAUCAACCCUUAAGGGGCAUAGUGAUUUGGUCACGUCGAUUGCCUGGUCGCCAGAUGGAAGCCGACUUGCAUCAGGGUCUUAUGAUAAGACAGUCAGGAUCUGGGAUCCAACCACCGGCCAGAGCGUAUCAACCCUUGAGGGGCAUAGUGAUGCGGUCAACUCGAUUGCCUGGUCGCCAGAUGGAAGCCGACUCGCAUCAGGGUCGUCUGAUAAGACAGUUAGGAUCUGGGAUCCAGCUACCGGCCAGAGUGUAUCAACCCUUGAGGGGCAUAGUGAUUCGGUCAGCUCGAUUGCCUGGUCGCCAGAUGGAAGCCGACUCGCAUCAGCGUCUUUUGAUAAGACAGUCAGGAUCUGGGAUCUGACCACCGGCCAGAGCGUAUCAACCCUUGAGGGGCAUAGUGAUUCGGUCAGCUCGAUUGCCUGGUCGCCAGAUGGAAGCCGACUUGCAUCAGGGUCUUAUGAUAAGACAGUCAGGAUCUGGGAUCUAGCUACCGGCCAGAGCGUAUCAACUCUUGAGGGGCAUAGUGAUUCGGUCUACUCGAUUGCCUGGUCGCCAGAUGGAAGCCGACUUGCAUCAGGGUCGGAUGAUAACACAGUCCAGGAUCUGGGAUUCGACCACCAGUCAGACCGUAUCCAUCUCUCGCAGGCAGGUCGCUCGGCUCCAAUUUGA